AUGAUUUAUCCCAUAUUUUCAAAUUAUAUCCCACAAUGGCGUUGCUCGAUUAAUCAAUCAUUUUCAAAUAAUUGUACUAUUUUUCUAUCAUGCAAAGAUAAUAUUCAAUUCGACGAGAUAUCAUUUUCUUCAGCAGCUCUCGAAUAUGAUUGGAUUUGUGGUGCAUCCGCAUAUUGGGCAUCUUUAUAUAGUCAGAUACAAUUCCUUGGUGUUCUAUUAGGUACGGUAAUUUCGGGAACAUUAUCGGACAUUUUUGGACGUCAUCCUUUAGCUUUAAUUUCACUUGCUUGUGGUAUUAUUAUUUCAUUCUGUUCAGGAUUAGCACCAAGUUGGAAAAUUUUAUUAGUUUCAAGAUUCUUUGUUGGCCUUUCUAUUGGUGGUACAAUUGUGGUAGUAUGUACAUAUGUAAUGGAAAUGCUUUUACCCAAGCAACGUAUGGCACUUAGAGCUUUUUUCAAUUGGGGUAUUGCGCGAUUGAUGAUGACAGCUAUAUGUUAUCUGUUACCGGAAUGGCGUUUAGCAUCAUUCGGAAAUGCUAUAGCUGCUCUACCGGCUCUUCUUAUUGUUUUUUUUAUUUUUCCGGAAAGUCCAACAUGGCUAUUAAGCAAGAAUCGUAUAAAUGAAAUGCAUGAAAGUGAGAAAAAAAUUGCACGUAUAGCUGGUAUACCGUAUGUUGAAGUGGAACAUAAAAGGGUAGAAAAAAAUAAACGUUUAAUUGAUGUCAUCCGACAAUCAAACUAUGCUAAAAGAUUAUUCAUCUUAUGGUUAAUAUGGUUUACGGCAUCAUUAUGUGGCUAUGCAAUUGAUUUAAAUUCAUCACGUAUCAGUGGUAAUUUAUUCCUCAAUCAAGCAUUAUUUUCCAUUCUUAUUGCUGCUUCUAAGAUAGCAUUGGUAAUUUAUGAUACAGUAAAUAAAAAAUUCAAUCGUCGUAAAUUACAUCAAUAUGCGCAAUUAGCUGUUUGCAUAUGCUUUCUAACAUUAACCAUCCUUGUUUAUCUUCAUUAUCAGGGUAUCGCUAUAUUGGUAAUUAAUUUAAUUGGUACAGUAUUUAUUGAGUAUACAUGGGAUGCAUGUUAUUUAUGUGCGAUCGAAUCAAUGCCAACAUCAAUGCGUGCUUCAUCUCUUGGUUCAUGCUCUUUCAUUGCUAGAAUUGGUGCAUUACUUUCACCAACUAUCUUUUUUUUGUCAAAUAUAUGGCCACCAUCAGCUUAUCUUAUCGUUGUAAUAGUUGGCCUAAUUAGCUUAACCUCAUCAUGCCUAUUUUUGGUAGAAACAAAAGAUGUUCAUCUUGAUAGAGUGGACGAAGAAAGUAUUAGCAUACAAGAGGAACAAAUACCAAUGGUAUCAAGGAGACAAUGA